GCAAAAACCAGAGGACCCGGAGCAAAAUCCACACGACAACGGGGGGAACAUGUUAACUCCAAAUAUAUAGUAGGCGUCAGGGUCGGGAUCGAACCCACGACCUCCUGUAUACCGGGCGAGGUAGUUAACAUCUCACUACCGUGAAGAUCAAAGCUGUUGAUGCCACCCUACCUCGUUGACUCUUUCGACCAUCUGCCAGACCAUCCCAGAGCUACUGCACAAGUCCCGUGACAUCAAAAGAUAUGUCCUAAAAGUAUCCCACCAUUUGGUGGGGGCUUCAACCCACGACCUCCUGUAUACCAGGCAAGGUAGUGAACAUCUCACCACCGUGCAUGCGUAAAUAAACACAAGAAGUGUGUCACUUAAGCACAAACAACUGUAUGUGCUCUCACGGACCUGAAACUCCAAAUCCCCUUUCCAUUUUCUGUGCUUUUUGUUUGGCUGAUAGGCUCACAUGAUGCACACUGGCGGCAGAUUAAUGGACCAAUAACACACUGCAGAGGACCUCUGCUGUUUAUUUCCUAAGCAGAGAGAUCUGUUUAUUGUGAUUGCCAGCCAGGAGCUGUUUUUAGGUUGACGGAGCAAGUGGCCUAAUUGUUAUUUAUUACUGCAUAGAACUUGAAAGCGUAGAUAAAACAGAACAUGGCCAGCCCACGCUAGCCAGAUGCAAGACAUCUGGUUAACGUGGCAGAAUAGGCCAAUUUAUCGAGAGGCUUUCGAAAGCUCCCUCUCGUGGAGGCCCUUCCACCAAAAGUGGCUUACGAAGUAAGUAAAGUUAAUUGCAGUGCUGCAACUCUACCUUUUACAAAUAUUGCAUAUGCAUAAUCAUAAUGUAGAGGGCCCAUCUAGGGUGUGGGCAUUCAUGUAGGCAAUGAGGAGUACUGCAUAUAGACAUGCUGAUCAUUAACGUUUUAUGAGCACAAAUCACAUUUCCCAAGCAAAUCAUCCACUGUUUUCUAAGAAGUGAGAUGGACAGAGAUACAAAAAUCUGUAACUUCCAAGAAAAAUCCCAACAGCAUGAAAUUGUUCUCUUCAGCAAAAAUAUAGUUUUCACCAACACGAGGAUGUGUAGUUUUGCAACAAGAAUGAUGAAUAUAUAUUUUUUAAACUGACUGCGCAACUGCUCAUUACUAGUACGUCGCUGCCCCAAUUGGCUGUUUAGAAACUUCAUCACGUGGUAUCCGAAACUUUGCUCAGGGUUUAAAAUGCCAUUUAUACAGAGGCUGGCCCAGCCAGGCAGAUAUAUGAUGUUUACAUUUUCAGUGGAGAAAGACCGAGAGGUGGUAGGGGAGUUCAUAAUCGCUCGCAGCUGUUUUGUUGUGAUCGCAAACAUAACUGGAUAUGUUUUCUAAUAAAAAAAAACCUACUUGUGAAAUUUUUCACUUGAGGUUAGAAACGUAUCUACUUUAGUGUUACACGGAUAUUACCAUUCAUUUUAACCAGUCAUAUUAAAUCAGACGUAAAAAAAAAACACAGAAGGUGGCCUCCGAUGAUUUUGAUUUGAUAUCUCACAACGGUCACUCUUGGGCAGUGCUUGUUUUUCUAUCGUCCUGCAAACUGCAGUCGGCGAGCAAAGGCCACACAAGCGCACACAGCUCCGUGCAUGGGGGCGAGCGGCAGUCUUGGAGUCGUCAUGAUAAGUCAGCAUUCCAGCCCUGCAGCCGGGUCCUCUCUGAUGCGCCUGAUGCGCCUGCUGUUGCUCCUGCGCCAAGCCUGGGCGGCGGUGGCGGUGGCGACCCCGUCGGACCUCCGGCAGAAGGCGCCCGGUGCCCUGUGCACCCAUACGUUCGUCCUCCCGGAGGUCGUGACGUGCGGCCGCGCCGGAGACGCCGGCACCGAUCCCGGCUGGCUCGGCCGGGACACUCUCCCGUUCCCGCAGGAGACGCCGGUGGUGCGCGCGCUUCAGCGGCUGGAGAGAGCCGUGGAGGAGAACACCCAUGCCCUGCAGGAGCUCGAGAGCCGCACGGCCGGCCGCGCCAGGGAGGAGGUGCUGCAGGUUCAGCAACGCGCCGUGCAGAACUGCACCACGGCCAUCGUGGAGCUUGGCAGCCGGCUCCUCGGUCAGAACGCGCAGCAAGCCGCCAAGGUGGCUGCGUUACAGCACCAGGUCUCGAGCCACGCUUCAAGGCUGCAGGAGCGGCUCUUGGAGAACUCGCUUGUCACUCAGCAAGUGGGACGAGCGCUCGGCCAGCAGGCACACGAGCUCGACAGAUUACAGCGCAGGAAUGGCGAGCUGGACGCGGCAGCGGCGACCCUGGAGCGGAGGCGGGAGGAGCGGCUGGCCGGCGCGCACCAGGAGCGGCGCCGCGUGCGAGGGCUCCUCUCGGGGCAGGGCACCCGCCUGGCGGAGCUGGCGCGCCGGCUGGACGAGACGGGCGCCGGGCACGGCCGACUGCUGCGGCAGCACGCGCAGCUGGAGCGUGGCGUCCGCGUGGCACAAGCGCUCCUCCUUCUCCUCCUCAGGAGCGGAGGCAACGAGCCCCGGGCCGGUGAUUGCGGAGAGAUUCUUCGCUCGGGAGGCACGGUCAGCGGAGUGUACACCAUCCGGGUGGCCAACGCCAGCCGUCCUGUGAAGGUGUACUGCGACAUGGACACGAGUGGUGGGGGGUGGACUGUGAUUCAGCGCCGGCAAGAUGGGUCGGUAGACUUCCACCGCUCGUGGCAAGAGUACAAACUGGGCUUUGGGCUGCCGUCUGGCGAGCACUGGCUGGGUAACGAGCUGAUUCACCAACUAAGCAGCAACAAACCGAGCCAGCUGAGGAUCAUGCUGUGGGACUGGGAAGGCCAUUCUGCAUAUGCUCACUACAGCGACUUCCAGCUCGCCGGCGAGAGACAGAACUACAGGCUCCUUGUCAAGGGCUACUCGGGCACGGCGGGCAAGCACAGCAGCCUGGCCCAGGGGGGCAUCGACUUCAGUACCAGGGACGCGGACAACGACAACUGCCCCUGCAGAUGUGCGCAGAUGAGCACAGGAGGUUGGUGGUUUGAUGCGUGUGGCCCUUCUAACCUCAAUGGUCUCCACUACACCUCUGGGAGAAGAAGCCGGCGUUUGAAUGGGAUCAAGUGGCACUACUGGAGAGGGGGGAGCUACUCCCUCUCGCGCACCUCAAUGAUGAUUCGUCCCAUAGACUAUUGAUCCCACGUGGGCCACACGACCAACUGCAUUCCUUAAAUCAUCGAAUAAUUGUGUGUGUUUGUAUAUAACGAUGUGUGUUAUAAUGGCCCACCCUUUAUUUAACCAGGAGGGUGAAAAAUAAAGCUUUUCAUACACAUGAAACACAAUUCCCUCUUUUGCAAGGAUGACCUGGGUUAUGUUAAGAACAAUUUAAGAACACCGUUUUUAAUUUGAAUAUAAUAAAGGUUAUAUUACGUUUUAUGAUAAAUUCAUAAACUACAAAAUGAAUAAAGCCCAUUAUAAUAAAGUUGCUCACGGUACAAAAAUA